ACGAGCGCCGCCGUCCCAUCCGCCACUCUUUCCGGUACUCGGUGCGGUACGCUCUCGUUGACCUCGACCGCGCGCCACAUUCCCCUCCGGGCCACCUCUCCGUCGACGAAGCUCGCGAAUCCGCCGGCACCAACGGACCCGUCUCAAAUUUCGUCACCCGAUAGCGUUUAGUGUUGUACUCAGACAAGCUAUUGACUUUUCUUAUGAUCAUCGCGAAAGUUGGAAGCUUGAAUAGUUCAAAUUUAAGUGGAAAUUGGCAUUGCGGGAUGCGAUUGAAACCUUGUUAAAUAUCAAGUAUAUGCCUACAAUGAAUUAGAUAUUCUGCAAGAUUCCGGUGGAGAUUGGAGACAAUGUCUGAGGUCUACCAUUUCCUCAUGUUCUAUAUACCUCUAGCUCAGAUAGGUCACUGUUGGUAUUACCGGAUUAUGAGUCAUUUCCUCCCGCUGGAAAUGUUACUUGGAUUGGUGUAAUUCAUAUCUUGAUGAAUUUUGCUCUCUGUGUUGGAUACGAACAAAAUCCAUUGAGCUUGUACUAUUGCUAUGAGCGUAGCAGCUCUGGUCAAGAUUUGCAGAAGUGCAUUGCAGAGGUCACUAACACACCAUGGGGUGAGCGAGUGACAUUUGUUUUCGACCCUAACUCUGAUCUUGUUGCGAAACCAUUACAUGUCAGCCCUUUCAUGGAUAUGCUAGGGAAUUGGAGUAUCAAAGCAAAUGCUCCUGGGAACAGUCUCUUUGUGGUCAUAUCUGUUAGGCAUCCUGAGCUUGGUGAUUAUUUUACGGCUACCCUUAAGAUAAAAAAAGUCCCUUCUUCAUCAGUGGUUCAUCACGCAAUGUUCUUCUGGUUAAUGCCUCAUAAGGUUGCACUGUGGAUAUAUUGGCAUGCUUUCAAACUCUGGUGGAAAAACGUAUCCUUUAUUCAACAUCCGCGGUAUUCCAAUACAGCGUACCGAGAGGAAGCAUCAAUUCGUGACCGAGAACUGAACUGCUCUCAGGCAGUGAACAAUCUGCAAGAUGAUGGGAAUUAUUGUACAUACAUGUCUAGCAAAAAUGGAGCAGGUAGAUCUUUUGCUUGGAGAGAUGCGAAGUGGCCCUGGUCUUGAAUGGUAUCAGAAGGGAUGAGAUUGGAUUCAUAACAGGUAUAUAUCACCACAAAAUUCUUUUCAACUAAAUGGGAGCUGUGCAGAGACCCGAGAAGUUCCCGGCAGCUUAUAAUCAGAGAUUGGUGAAUGUGCUAUUGUCGGGAGAUCAGCAUGUUAUCUGUAGCGGGGGUCCGUCUCAAUUGUUCUUUUCUGAAUGUUCGCUCUACUUUGUUCGAAUUAUUCUUGAAGUCCUUGAAACUGCCUUCCUCUGUUUCGAUCUAUGUGCCUCGUUUUCCUGAUACACGCUUUGUCUGCAGAAUCCCCAGUUCAUAAAUCUCAUAAAUUUGGAAAAUGCAAUAAUACAGUAAGGGCGCGGGUUUACUUUUGACCAAGUCGAAGGAUGUAAACGUGACGUCGCCGUCAUAGUUCAAGGGUCUACGUUUUAACUAUUCUUGGAGCCUAUUCCAUUUGGAAGAGAUGAAUGAUUGAGGUCAUGAUUUGCUUAUGAGAUGAUCAAUCAUACACGAGCAACUACAGUUCUGAUCAAAUCUUUGACAUUUACGCUGCCUUGAUGUAGAUUGAACGGGAUUUCUGUGUAAAGGGUACUGAAUUUAUACGGUUGACCAAGAUUCAAUUAUAUUGGAUUUAAUAUAUUUUUCGCCCAUUUUCUUCUUUUUUA